AUGGCAAAAUUGUCCAACUUCUUCUUUUUAGGGUGUUUGUUAGUCAUCAUACCUACCCUGCAUGCCAAUGUGAAAGAGGAUACCGCAUACUUUGAAAAGCAGGCUGAACAAGCUGAUUCAUAUUGGAAGGAAAGAGCAGUAAUUGCUGAAAAGGCAAACCUUGAAGCUUUUAAUCCUGACCCAUUUGCACUCACUGGCAACCUGUCUUCUACUAUUAACGAAUUCAUAGCUGGCAGCCAGACAGGAAGAAGGAACUUGAGGGGGAGAAAACGCGACGGUACAUGCUUGGCAACUAACCCCAUUGACAGGUGUUGGAGGUGUGACCCCAAUUGGGCAAAGAACCGCAAGAAGCUUGCAGAUUGUGCGCAAGGUUUUGGCAGAAAUACUAUUGGUGGAAAGAAUGGUCCAUUCUAUGUGGUAACCGAUUCCUCAGAUAAUGAUAUGGUGAAUCCAAAACCAGGUACCCUUAGGCAUGCAGUUACAAGAACUGGUCCCUUGUGGAUUAUCUUUGCUCGUAGCAUGAACAUUAGGCUCAACCAGGAGCUCAUUAUGACAAGUGACAAGACCAUUGAUGGCAGAGGAGCUGUUGUUUACAUUACUAAAGGUGCUGGUAUUACCAUUCAGUUCGUCAGGAAUGUGAUCAUCCAUGGAAUCAGGGUCUAUGACAUUGUGGUUGGCAGUGGUGGACUUAUUAGAGAUUCUGAGACCCACUAUGGUCUAAGGGGUAGGAGUGAUGGUGACGGAAUUUCCAUCUUUGGCUCUAGCAAUAUUUGGAUUGAUCAUGUUUCCAUGAGAAACUGCAUGGAUGGACUUAUUGAUGCCAUUCAGGGAUCCACUGCUAUUACCAUCUCCAAUAACCAUUUCACUGACCACAAUGAGGUGAUGUUGUUUGGUGCCAGUGAUGCUUACGAUGGUGAUAAGAUAAUGCAAAUCACAGUUGCAUUCAACCACUUUGGUAAGAGAUUGAUCCAAAGGAUGCCAAGGUGCAGAUAUGGUUUUGUCCAUGUGGUUAACAAUGACUACACUCAUUGGGAAAUGUAUGCCAUUGGUGGUAGCAAGCAUCCUACCAUCAUUAGUGAGGGUAACCGAUUCAUAGCCCCUAACAACAUUCAUGCCAAAGAGAUCACAAAGAGAGAUUACGCACCAGAGGAAGAGUGGAGUAAAUGGCAAUGGAGAUCAAUCAACGAUUUGUACAUGAAUGGAGCAUUUUUCAGACAAGCUGGACAGGAACUAGGAAGCAGACCAUUCUCAAGGUUGGACAUGAUGACAGCUAAGCCUGCUUCAUAUGUGGUUAGACUUACUCGCUAUGCUGGCAGCCGUAAAUGCGUAGUUGGCAAGCCAUGUUAA